AUGUGGAAUCCGUCCCCUUUGGCUACGUUUGUUACGCUCUCGGCGCUGUGCGUAUCUCUAGUACAACCCAGAGUAUUUCCGCGCCAGCUAGUUUCUUCUGCGCAAAGUUCCGGGACAGCCCCUCCCCUGCCAACCCCUUCCAACAAGAAUCUUUUCACUCCUGAUUUCUAUGAGUUCCUAAAGUCCGGCAACAUAUCACCAGAAGGCAAUAACCCAGAUCCUAAACCUUCUGCGUGGAUUGCCUUGGGCGAUUCGUUUGCGGCCGGCCCGGUGCAGGCGACGAAUUGCAAGAUGGCGCAAACUGCGUGCGCGGGAGCCAAAAUUACCCCUUACAACUGCAAGCAGAUGCAAACAUACCAGGUCCAAACGGUCCAGAUGGUCAAAAGCCGACAUUUACACUUAAAGCUUGCACCGGCGAUGUCACAACGGACCUUACGAAUCGACAAAACCCAAACUACCAAUUAG